ACACAGCGGGGACCCAAGACUGAAAGAACAGCUUGCUAGGCUAUAUUGUGAAAUUAUUAUUAUUAUUAUUAUUACUAUUUUGUUUUUGUUGUAGUUCCAGAAUAGAUAGCUUUGAAACCUUCCUUUUUUCCUCCUAUGACAGAAGGCUUGUGUCACGCCGACCUGGUGCUGAGUUUUGUGUUGGGCUGAGUGAGGGGCAUUAAGUGCUUCUUCCUAUCCUCGAAACAAGACUCCACUAAAUCAGAUCAAAGGGGAAGCCCACAGAGAGACAAUCCCUACCGCUUAACACUGGUUUCUCCAGUGCCAAAUUUGAAACCUUUGAGGACAUUCUCUGCCUUAACCUGGUCUCUCAGAUGAUCUCUGAAUUUUCUUGAAGGGCUCAGCUGUCUUUAAGAAGAUGGGAAAUUCUUAUGCUGGCCAGCUGAAGACCACCCGUUUUGAAGAAGUUUUACAUAAUUCCAUUGAGGCCUCACUGCGGUCCAACAACUUGGUUCCCAGGCCAAUUUUUUCCCAGUUAUACUUAGAAGCUGAGCAACAGCUUUCAUCCCUAGAAGCAGGCAGCAGGGGGGACAAUGAGGAAGAAGAGGAAGAGGAAGAGGAAGGACUGGAGUCAAGUAGCCCCCUUAACCCUUAUCAGAUGCACCCUCCUCCUGAAGGAUGCUGUACCACAGAUGGCUUUUGCCAAGCGGGAAAAGACUUGCGACUAGUAUCCAUUUCUAAUGAGCCAAUUGAAGUACCUUCAGGCUUCCUCCUUGUUGGGGCAAAGUCUCCCAAUCUUCCAGACCACCUUCUUGUUUGUGCUGUUGAUAAAAGAUUCUUACCAGAUGAUAAUGGGCACAAUGCCCUGCUGGGUUUCUCCGGGAAUUGUGUUGGCUGUGGAAAGAAAGGAUUCUGUUACUUCACUGAAUUUUCCAAUCACAUAAAUCUUAAAUUGACCACCCAGCCGAAGAAACAGAAACACUUAAAGUAUUAUCUGGUUCGGAAUGCACAUGGAACUCUCAUGAAAGGCCCUUUAAUCUGCUGGAGGGGCUCAGAGCUUCGAAGCAGGCAGACCUCCUCAAGCACUUGUUCCAGUUCACUGUUCCAAGCUCCAGAGAGUUCAGUCCCCCCAGCUGCCUUCACAAGUGAGCAAGUUCUAGUAGCAAAUCCAAAUGUUCUGAUGGGAAAUCAAUUGACAGGCACCACAUCUGAUUAUCCUCUUCAGAUGUCAGCAAUGAGCCCAGCUGUUUUCAAUGGGAAAGAUUCACCGAAACAUCAACAGUUAGUGAAAAACAAUUUGUCAGUUCCAACAAGACCCUCCGUACUAGGCACUUUAACCAACUCAGGCCCUCCCAAAAAACGCCACAAAGGGUGGUCUCCAGAGUCUCCAUCAGCUCUAGACCCCUGCUACACACAGACAAGUGCACAUAGAAUGAAAACUGAUAGUGCAGGAGUAUCCUGUCUGCCUCAGGCAGGUUUGGUGGGACCUGCUACAAUCUCGUCUCCUGUGGUAGCAGCUGGAGAACCAGUUUCUGUUCCUGAUAAUUUACUGAAAAUAUGCAAGGCCAAACCUGUUAUAUUUAAAGGUCAUGGGAACUUCCCUUACCUCUGUGGCAACCUUAGCGAUGUCAUAGUAAGCUCCCUUUUGUAUACUUGCUACCAGAAUUCUCAGUCUAUAUCUCGAGCUUAUGAACAAUAUGGUGCUUCCACAAUACAACCCAUAUCAGAGGAAAUGCAGCUUUUACUGACAGUCUAUUAUCUCGUUCAGCUUGCUUCAGACCAGGUUCCUCUGAUUGAAGAUCUGGAACAGAUUCUUAUGCGUUCCUGGAGGGAGUCCCAUCUGACAGAGAUCCGCCAGUAUCAGCAAGCUGCACCACAGCCUUUCCCUCAAGUUCCUAGUCACAUUGCUCCUGUCACAUCUGCCCAGCUUCCGUGGCUGGCUGGCUUGGCUGCCAGUUCUUGCAAUGACAGUGUUCAUAUUAUUGAAUGUAGUUACUCUUUGGCUGAGGGACUUUCAGAGAUGUUCAAGCUACUCAUUGAAGGGAAACUUGUAAAAACUAACUAUGUUGUCAUCAUCUGUGCAUGUAGGAAUACGCCAAUUGAUUCUUGCAUUGCAGUUACAGGAAAAUAUCAGGCCCGGAUUCUCUCUGAAAGCCUCCUCAGCCCUGCAGAGUACCAGAAAGAAGUAAAUUAUGAACUUAUGACUGGGAAAGUAGAAUCUUUGGGGGCCUUUUUUAGCACUCUUUGUCCAGAGGGUGAUAUUGAUAUUUUGUUGGACAAGUUUUAUCAAGAAAACCAAAAUCACAUUUCUUCCUCACUGAAUACAUCAGUAAAUAAACCAGCAGCCCUGGAUGCCAGUGGGACACCAUUGUGCACAAGCUAUGGUCUUGAACGGCAUCAGAUUCGUCCCUUGCAAUUAGCUGUGGCCCAGAAGCUCCUCUCUCAUGUCUGUUCAAUUGCUGACUCCAGCACUCAGAAUUUGGAUUUAGGCUCCUUUGAAAAAGUGGAUUUUCUGAUCUGUGUACCACCCUCAGAAGUGACUUAUCAACAGACCUUGUUUCAUCUUUGGCAUUCAGGAGUUUUGCUAGAACUUGGCCUGGAAAAGGAACAUGUGACUAAGCAGAGAGUAGAACAGUAUGUAGUGAAGCUGGAUGCAGAGGCCCAAACCAAAUUUAAGGUUUUUCUGCAAAACUCUCUUCAAAACCCUCAUACACUGUUUGUUCUAAUCCACGACCAUGCACAUUGGGAUCUUGUGAGUGCCGUUCAUAAUCUCUAUCCUCAAACUGAGCCAGCAGUAGGACUUGUUGAUCGACUACUCAACUGUAGAGAAGUGAAGGAGGCACCCAACAUUGUUACCCUCCAUGUAACCUCCUUCCCAUAUGCUUUACAGACUCAGCACACCCUGAUUAGCCCUUACAAUGAGAUCCACUGGCCUGCUUCCUACAGUAAUGGAAUGGACUUAUAUCAGGAAAACAAAAAAUACUUUGGACUCUCAGAAUUUAUUGAAUCUACUCUUUCUGGACAUAGCCUCCCUUUGCUCCGAUAUGAUAGCUCUUUUGAAGCAAUGGUCAUGGCAUUAGGAAAAAGGUUUCCCAGAUUGCAUAGUGCGGUGAUAAGAACCUUUGUCCUUGUUCAACAUUAUUCUGCAGCAAUGAUGGCUGUUAGUGGCCUGUCGCAGAUGAAGAACUACACAUCUGUGGAGACUCUGGAGAUCACCCAGAAUCUAAUCAACUCUUCUAAGCAGUGUGCCUGUGGGCAUGGGCUCAUGGUUGUGCUUCGUAUUCCUUGCAUCCCCUUGGCUGCUGUCGCAUAUGAGCGGCUCUAUCAUGUAAGGGAAAGACUAGCCCUAGAAGAUCACUUUGAGAUCAUUUUGGGGAACCCAAAUUCUACCAUCACCAUUGGGAAACACUUUGUGGAACAAUUAAAGGUGUGGCAGAAAAUUGAAGAUGCAGAGUGGAGGCCUCAGACUUAUCUUGAGUUAGAGGGGCUGCCUUGUAUACUAAUAUUUAGUGGAAUGGAUCCUCAUGGAGAAUCCUUGCCAAGGUCUUUAAGGUACUGUGACCUGCGUUUAAUAAACUCAUCCUGUUUGAUGAGAACAACCUUAGAGCAAGAGCUUGGCUUGGCAGCCUAUUUUGUGAGUUCUGAAGUCCCCAUGGAGAAAGUGACUGUAGGCGAGGUCUUGGAAAGUGACCCGGAGAAGCUGAGCAGUACAGAUAAUGAAGAUGAAGAGAUUGUGACUGAAGGUUCUGUGUCUGAGAAAAGAAGUCCUGUCAAAAGGGAAAGAUCAUGCUCUCAUGAUUCUGCAUCGUCAUCUCUUUCCUCAAAAACUUCAAGUCUGGCCUUUUGCAAUGAAUCAUCUCCACCACUAGUGUCAUUGGGUGAGAGGGCCAGAUCCCCGCAUCCUCCUCUCAAUAGUGUGAUGGAAGAAGGUGCCGCUAGCUGUGAGAAGCAGAGACAGAGAGUAAGUGAAGGUACUCAGACUACCAUCAGCAGGCACUGCCCUGGGCCAGGAGAGCAAGACAUGUGCCUGAAUCCAAAACCCAACCUUAGAAGUGUCCAGGUUUCAGUCACCUCUUCAUCUUCACCAUAUUCUUCCUCUUCCUCUUCUUCUGCACCGACUUCAAAUGCUUUCAUCUUACAGAGCUCCCAGUGCCCCAUGACCAAAGGAUUGAAGCAACCACCCGUAGUUUUCCUGCCUAAGCUGGUCUAUGACAUGGUUACUUCCACAGACAGCAGUGGCCUUCCUAAGGCAUCUUCCCUCCUGCCCUACCAUUCAGUCAUGUGGGCCAGUUCUUUUCGCCCUCUCUUGAGUAAGAUGAUGACCUGCACAGAACAGUCUCUCUAUUACCGCCAGUGGACUGUCCCCAAACCCAGCCAUAUGGACUACAAUAAUAGAAAUGAGGGCAGAAUGGACAACUUCCACCCCAGGAGACUGCUAUUGAGUGGUCCCCCUCAGAUAGGAAAGACAGGUGCCUAUCUUCAGUUCCUCAGCAUCUUGUCUAGGAUGCUCAUCCGUCUUACAGAAGUUGAUGUCUAUGAUGAAGAAGAGAUCAACAUCAACUUAAGAGAAGAAUCAGGGGGACAUUAUCCUCAGCACAAUGAUGUCUGGCCUGACUUAGAGAUCUUUAAGAAAAUGCCUUUUGACUACAUCAUUCAUGAUCCCAAGUAUGAUGAUGCCAGUAUGAUUUGUUCACGGAACCAGAAAAUAAAAAGUGAUGACAAACCAGCAAUAAGGAAACAUGAGGAUUUGUACGUGCGACGCCAGACAACCCGAAUGAGACUGUCCAAAUAUGCAGCCUAUAACACCUACCACCACUGUGAACAGUGCCAUCAAUACCUGGGCUUUAAUCCGCGCUACCAGCUUUAUGAGUCCACCCUGCACGCCUUUGCCUUCUCUUACUCCAUGCUAGGAGAGGAAAUCCAGCUUCACUUUAUCAUUCCCAAAUCAAAGGAGCACCAUUUUGUCUUCAGCCAACCAGGAGGCCAACUGGAAAGCAUGAGAUUACCACUUGUUACUGAUAAGAACCAAGAAUUUAUAAAAAGUCCUACUUUCACUCCAACUACGGGUCGUCAUGAACAUGGACUCUUUAACUUAUAUCAUGCAAUGGAUGGUGCUAGUCAUUUGCAUGUGUUAGUUGUCAAAGAAUAUGAAAUGGCAAUAUAUAAGAAGUAUUGGCCCAAUCAUAUUAUGCUGGUUCUCCCGAGUAUUUUCAACAGUGCUGGAGUUGGUGCGGCCCAUUUCCUAAUAAAGGAGCUAUCUUACCAUAACCUGGAACUAGAACGGAACAGGCAAGAGGAGUUGGGCAUCAAACCUCAAGAUAUAUGGCCCUUCAUUGUCAUUUCAGACGACUCAUGUGUUAUGUGGAACAUGGUGGACAUUGAUAGUGGGGGAGAAAGGCGGAGUGAUUAUACCUGGUCUGAAAGGAAUGUUUCUUUGAAACACAUCCUACAGCACAUUGAGGCAGCUCCAAAUGUCACUCAUUAUGCCCUAAUCGGGAUGCGGAAAUGGUCGAGUAAAACUCGGAGUGGGGAGGUUCAGGAACCUUUCUCCCGCUGUCAUAUCCAUGACUUUAUUAUCCUCAAUGUGGAUCUGACACAGAAUGUACAGUAUAACCAGAAUCGAUUCACCUGUGAUGACGUUGACUUCAACCUGCGAGUCCACAGUGCUGGCCUCCUUUUGUGCCGAUUUAAUCGCUUCAGUGUUAUGAAGAAGCAAAUUGCUGUUGGGGGCCAUAGGUCCUUCCACAUUAAAUCCAAGGUGUCUGAUAACCUAGUGUCUAUUGCACCUUCUCAAUACAUCUGUGCCCCCGAUAGCAAGCACACUUUCCUUGCGGCUCCUGCCCAGCUUCUACUUGAAAAAUUCCUCCAGUACCACAGCCAUCGUUUCUUCCCUCUGUCAUUGAAGAAUUAUGGCCACCCUGUGCUGUCUGUUGAUUGUUAUCUUAAUCUGGGACCUCAGGUUGCUGUUUGUUAUGUGAGCUCCAGGCCUCAUUCUUUAAAUAUCAGCUGCUCAGAUUUGCUGUUUAGUGGGCUCCUGUUAUAUCUCUGUGACUCCUUUGUGGUUGCUAGCUUUUUGAAAAAGUUUCAUUUUCUGAAAGGUGCCACCUUAUGUGUCAUCUGUCAGGAUCGCAACUCACUCCGUCAGACAGUUGUUCGCCUAGAGUUGGAAGAUGAGUGGCAGUUCAGGCUUCGGGAUGAAUUCCAGACAGCCAAUGCCAAAGAAGACAGGCCACUUUUCUUCCUGACUGGGCGACACAUUUGAAAGAAACAACAGUCCAAUUUUUUCUGGAAGAGCAGAUACUUCAGAGAACCCUCCUGCCAAUAUGACUGAAAGAAGCCAUAGCACAUCAGAGCUAUAAAAAGAUUAUAGAGCUCAUUGGUCUGUUCCACUCAUUUUAUAGGUGGUAGGGCUAACAAUCUAAAUGACUUCAGUGAUUUGUCUUUGGUCACUUGUGACUUGGUAGCUGAGCAGGAAACCCAGGCCUUUAGAAUGCCUAUUUCACAGGGAAGCUUCUGCAAAGGCAAGCUUACAGUCAACAAUAUACCCAUAGAACCAAAGGGAGAGCUUCAGAGCCAGGGGCGAUCUUUGAGAUCCAGCCCAUAUAGCUCAUUUUUACAGAGAGGGAAACAGAGCCCCAGAUAAUAAAGUCUAGGGAAGAAUAUAUAUGAUCCAGGUCUCUGGACUCACAUUCCCCUAUGCUUUUCUCACAACAUACUGCUGAGUUUACUGGGAUGUUUUAGAAUAAUUUCUUUAAGAACAAAGUUUUGACAGUUUACCAUAUUAUCUAUAUGCUUCCAUGAUAGAAAUUUGUUUACACUUUUGGUUGACAUUGUAUAUUUUUAGAUACUUGUUCUUGAAGUGGAAACAUUUUUUCAUAUGUAGAAGGACCAGUUCUGAGGUGUUUCUCUGCCCAUGUUAACACAUGGACCAUAUAUAGAAACUACUGAAAACCACAAAUUCCAAAAAUAUGGAGUACAUCUGAAAACAGAAUCAUUAGAAUAAGAAUUACACAAUCCUAGAAUCCUGGUAUUGAAAGGAACUUACUCCUACUUAGAUCAAUCAACUGAUUGAUCAGCAAGCAUUUAUUAAAGACUUUCUGUGUGUGAGGAAUUGUGCUAAGCACUGAAGAUAGAAAGAUAAGAACGUGGUGUUUGCUCAAAUGGAGCUUAAAUUCUAAAGUGAGACAACAUACAAACAGCUAUGUAGAUAUUUUAUAUAUAUAUAUAUAGUAAUUUCAGAGGGAAGUCAUUAGUAUUGGGGAAGAGGGAGAAAGAGGAGGAAAGAGGAUAUGACUUUUUGUCUAAGGCCAAGGAAUGUGAAUGUCCUUGGAUUGUCUGAAGUUUUUUGUGAUUUAGAAAUCAGAACAAAGUGCCAAAUCAGCCAGCUACUUUUUGAGUAUAUUCAAGCACAUGAUUUAAUUUCUUUUAAAAAUGUUUUAUUAAUGGCUUUUUCUUUUUCAUGUCAACCAUUUCCUAUUAUGCCUCCCUACCACACUGAGUUCUUCCUUUUUAACUAAAAUAAUUAAGCAAAACCAAUUGACAAAGUCAGAUAGUAAAUGAUACCAUUUUGCCUCUGUAGUUUCUUGCCUCACUGCUAAGUGGAGAGAAAUGAGUUUUACUAUUUGUCGUAUGGUUUAAUGUCCUAACAAAGCUCUUUACUCUGGGUGACAUUAGAUUUUCUGUAUAAGAACACCUUAGAGAACUAUCUCUUGGUAAUAGUGAAAAUGAAAGAACAUGGCCUUAAGUACUGUUAAAUAAAUGUGUUCUAGGGAGGAAAUAAUUAUAUAGUGGCUCUCUAAGGGUCCUAUAAAAAUGAGAAUUGAUUUGCAGAGGAGUGAGAAUGAAAUUGUUUAGUCCACUCAAAAAACUCAGAAAUGAUAGAUAAGGACAAGACCCAUGACCAUUUACUUACUAAAAGUUUAUUUUCAAAAUCUUCAUUGAACCUUGACUUUGCUGGCAGGUAAAGUGUAUCAGCUGAAGUAUUUGUGUAAGUGAAAGACUUCUAGAAGCCCAAGUACAGAAUGAGUGGACGCAAAAGAGUACACAGAAUAACCAGAUUCCAGAGGGAUUGUUACUUGAAGCAUCUGAGCCAAAGGUCUUUUUUCAAACACCCCCUUUUUGAUAACAUUGAGGCAGACUGAUGGGCAGUAGUCACUUUCACCUGGCCUAGCCUUGAAGACAUUGAAUGAGAAGUAAGGGAACCAAAGAGAAAUAGCUUUCAAAGAUGGUGUCAAAGAUGGUGUGUUGAUUUUUCUUUUUCCCCUUAAGGAAAAAAAGCCUGUGGGUAUGACAGAUUUGGGUUGAUGUUUACAAAAUUAUUUUAUUAGUAAAUGGUAACCUUGUAUAUUUCAUUAUUCCUAUUUUGGAAUGAAACUUUACUUUCUGUAGUUUUAUUUGUCUUUGUAAAUAGUAUCUCCUGUGCAGCUUUCCCUUACAUUGUAUUAGUUAAUUUAAACUUUUCAAAGGUCUUAAUAUUCAUGUUGGUUCUAGCCUUUACAAAUAAAUCUUGUAAUGCACUUA